GACAAAAAAAAAAAACUGGCAUUUGCCAGUUGGGCGCACCUGAGAAGCGCCCUUACCUUUAGGAGUCUCGGACAGUUUCGGCUCCCAACUUCAAUGGCGCGCAUUUCCGUUGUUUGCUGACCUCGGAGGAAAAACAGGAAGGAGCCAUUAUGCUUUUCCGACAGUUUUCCUAAGUGGGUCUCGUGCGAAUGUUCCUUGUUUCUCGGUAUCUAUCGUCUUCCAAGCUCUCUGUGAACUCCCCAGCAUAUAGUCGAACAACCCAUCUCGGUUGAACUCAAUGACCAGUGAGCAUGGUUCAUGGGUCGCUGGAGCUUCUUCCCAACAUCGUUCCUUUCGAAGGUUCUCGCUCGUUCCGCUCGAGCGCGACCGUCCAAGCGCAUCUGCUUGCUACCCGAUCUUAAAGUCUCCAGCUUUCGUCCGUGUGAAGCGAAGGUGGUGCUCACUGAAGCGGAGAAUACGGCUGCUAGGAAAACAUUGGCUAACUCGUCUUUGAGGAUUACACUUGUGCGCUCGUUUCCUGAAAAUGUUAAUCUCGUCCGCAGAUAUGAGUUUCCACCCGGACCCCGUGCUUCUCUCAUGCUCAAAUCUCAGCGUGCGUUGCUGCAAUCUGUCGGUUUCUCCUCCGUCUGUAACAUGUUCGACGAAAUGGCUGACCGAGAAUGGCGUUCGCGAGAUGGCCGCUUUCACCGAGUUCUUGGUUUCGUCAAGACGUCCACCAUGAGAGGUGACAAAGAAGGUGUCUCAAUUGCCCAUUGUUCGGCCCUCAAGAUUGGGGCUCUCGCUCACUUGCCCAUUGCAACCUCUCUGCUCAUGGCCUACUCAGGAGCUGCAGACCUGACUGCUUCACGAGCUUUGUUUGAUGAAAUUCCCGAUAAGGAUGUGAUUACUUGGAACGCGAUGAUCACUUCCUUGGCUGAUAACCAGUGUUCUGGUCAGGCCCUGGAUCUAUUUGUCAAGAUGAUGGAAGGUGGAAGUGGUUUUGAGUCCACUACUCUUUUAAUAGUUUCGUCAAUAUUCACGCGCACAAAUCAGUUUAUUCAGGGUCGUAUCAUUCACAGCUUAAGCAUGAAGUCAGGGAUGCUAUCCGAUAAUUCGCUGUGUAAUGCACUUAUCAAUAUGUAUGCAAAAUGUGGUGAUCUAAGCUCAUCAGAGAGCAUUUUCGCCGGUGUUAGUUGUAGGGAUGAUAUUGCUUGGAAUUCGAUACUCAGUGGAUGUCUUCACAACAGCAAUCCUAAAAGGUGCCUACACUACUUUAGAGAGAGAGCACUGUCUGAUAAAAUGGGGGACAGUAUAAGUCUCUCGUCUGCUAUUUCAGCUGCAGCUUCAUUGGGAGAACUAAGUUGUGGGAGUACUUUGCAUGGUUUGGCAAUCAAAAUUGGUUACAACAAAAGCCCCCGCAUUUCGGUUGCCAACUCUCUUAUCGCGUUCUAUUUUCAGUGUGGCCACAUUGAGGAUGCCGAGGCUAUUUUUAGAGGAGCAAUGACUCUCCAUGAUGUCAUUUCUUGGAACACAAUGAUUGAUGGUUAUGCCUCAAAUGGAAUGAUUGUGGAAGCUUUUGAUCUUCUGCAUGAAAUGCAGUUAACAGUGUCCAUCCAGCCUGAUUCAGUGACUCUUCUUACUCUGAUUUCAGUUUGUGCAGAUGCCAUGCUACUGACAGAGGGAAAAACACUUCAUGGCUCCAUUAUUCACAGAGGGAUGGGACUUGAUCCACGGGUGAUGAACAGUCUUAUGGAUAUGUAUAUGAGAUGUGGUGCUGUGAGGAAAGCUGAGAUUUUGUUUGACUCCACUGCAGAGAGAGACUUGAUCUCAUGGAACACUAUGAUCUCUGGUUAUUCCCAGAAUGGCCUAUCUGAGAAAGCUCAAAGUCUAUUCAAAGAAAUGCUGCUAUGGUGCUCAGGAUGCAGCGUGCCUACUCUACUAGCCAUUCUUCCUUCCUGUAAUUCCCCUGAAUACCUCAGAUUUGGUGAAUCAAUCCACUGUCUGCAGUUGAAACUUGGAUUUUCACAUCAAGUUUUUGCUUUAAAUUCUGUCAUGUACAUGUAUGUUGUUAAUGGAGAUAUUAGAGCAGCAUGGAAAUUAUUGACAACGCAUUCAUUUCAUGAAGAUCUCACUUGUUGGAACACUUUCAUUGCAGGCUGCUCAAAGAGUGGCUUCUUUUGGGAAGCUUUAGAAGCAUUUAAUAGAAUGAGGGAUAAACAUAACGUCUCUUUUGAUUCCAUCACAAUUGUCAAUGUUUUGUCAGCUUGUGGAAAUCUUGAGCUGUUUCUUGAGGGGAGAUUGAUCCAUGGGCUUGCUCUCAAAACUCCUAUAGGAUCAGACACCCGUGUGUGUAAUGCGCUUAUUACUAUGUAUGGACGAUGCACAGAUAUUGCCAGUGCAAGACUUGUCUUCAGUGCCAUUAGUAAUAGCAAUUUAUGUUCAUGGAAUUGUCUGAUUUCUGCAUUGUGUCAGAACAGGGCUGCUAAGGAAGCAGUUGAACUCUUUGGACAUCUUGGAUUUGAAUAUGAUGAGAUCACUGUCGUCAACAUUCUCUCAGCCUGUACACAGCUUGGCAUCAUGCGGCUAGGAACACAAAUUCAUUCUCGAGUUUUCAGAUUAGGGUUUCAUGAGAAUUCUUUUAUAUCUGCAGCUCUUGUUGAUAUGUACAGCAACUGUGGGAGACUGGAUGUCGCUCUUCAAGUAUUCAGAAACUCGCCUGAGCAUUCCAUUGCAGCUUGGAAUUCCAUGAUUUCUGCCCAUGGGCACCAUGGUGAUGGUAUGAAAGCACUGAAACUUUUUGAAAUGUGUGAAUCUGGGAUAAGAGCAACUAAAACCACUUUUGUAAGCCUUCUAUCAGCUUGCACUCAUGCUGGAUUAGUUAAAGAAGGUCUUUGGUAUUAUGAGCAUAUGGAGGACAAGUAUGGAGUUGAACCUGUUACGGAGCAUCAUCUUUGUGUGGUAGACAUGCUUGGCCGUUCGGGAAAGCUUUUUGAGGCUUAUGAACUUAUCAAGAAGAUGAAGACUCAGCCCAAGCCAGGCAUUUGGGGCGCUUUACUAAGUUCCUGCAACUACCACGGCAAUAUAGAGAUAGGAAGAGAAGUUGCAGAGCUGCUCUUUGAAUUGGAACCCGAAAAUUCCGGGUAUUACAUUGCGCUGUCAAAUAUGUAUACUGCUGCAGGGGAAUGGAUUGACGCUGUGAAGUUGCGCAAAUUGAUUCAAGAGAAAGGAUUAAGGAAGCCGAUUGGGUACAGCCUUGUGGAAAUCGGCUAGAAAGGAUGGUUGAAGAUCCACCAAGCAUGAUGGAACCUUAGGGAUGGAGGCACCAUUUUGCAUUGCAUCAUGUUCACUCUCAAUUAUUAUGGACACAUGUUAUAUUGUUAGGGAUGACACAGUGUGUGCCGUAAACAGUCGAUAGAUCAUGUUCGCUCACAGAAAGAUAUUUCUAAUAAGAAUCUGUUUGUAAUGCACCUAAUUUUACAAUGAUGCAGCAGCAUUGAAGUAGUAGAAUUAAGGGGAA